AUGGGCGCAUACUCCUUUCAUGUCGAGAACGUCCAGAUCUGCGUGGUCAUGGUCGGUCUGCCUGCUCGCGGCAAAUCUCUAAUAGCACAGAAGAUCGUUCGAUACCUCACCUGGCUCUCAGUCAAAGCAAAAUGCUUCAACGUCGGCAACUACAGACGGAUCGAGACCGCGCACCCGACCGCAGACUUCUUCGACGUCAACAACAGCGAAGGCGAGCGUCUGCGCAAAAUGGCCGCCGAGGCUGCCACCGCCGACAUGUUUAGGUGGUUCGACCAGGAAAAAGGCGUUGUCGCGAUCCUGGACGCCACAAACACCACAAAGGCCAGACGCGACUGGGUCCUCAACCUGUGCCGGAAACGCAACAUCGAGCCGCUGUUUGUCGAGAGCUGGUGCGAUGACGAAGACCUUAUUCUCCAAAACAUCAUUGACGUCAAAACAACGAGUCCGGAUUAUGUCGGUCAAGAUCCCGAGCAGGCUGCUCUAGACUUCCGGAAUCGGAUACGCAACUACGAGAAAGUUUACGAGACCAUCUCUGAGCGUGAGCUGACUUAUGUGAAGCUCAUCAAUGUCGGAUCCCAGGUCAUAAUCAAUCGCAUCCAGUCCUAUCUAGAGUCUCGGAUCGUAUACUAUCUCAUGAAUCUGCACAUCAAACCUAGAUGCAUCUGGCUCAGUCGACACGGCGAGUCAGUAUUCAACGUGGAGGGGAAAAUCGGCGGAGACUCGGACCUCUCUCCCCGUGGUCGCGAAUAUGCGCGUCAGCUGCCCGGGCUCACCAAGAGCUCUGUGGGCGACCAGCCGCUCACAGUGUGGACCUCUACUCUGAAACGAACACAGCAAACUGCGAAAUAUCUACCAUACAGACAAUUGACGUGGAAGGCUCUGGACGAGCUCGACGGUGGACAAUGCGACGGCCUGACUUACGAAGAGAUUGAGGAGCGAUACCCUGAGGAUUUUGCUGCUCGAGAUGCAGACAAAUAUGAGUACCGAUACCCUGGUGGUGAAUCGUACCGAGACGUAGUCAUCCGGCUUGAGCCUAUUAUAAUGGAGUUAGAGCGACAAGAAAACAUCAUGAUUGUGACCCAUCAAGCAGUUUUGCGCUGUAUAUACGCCUAUUUCAUGAACGUGCCGCAAGAUCAGAGCCCUUGGAUGGAAGUGCCGUUGCACACCCUGAUCAAAUUGGAGCCAAAGGCAUACGGAACCGAGGUGACCAGAAUCAAAGCCAACAUCCCGGCCGUCAGUACAUACCGCGAGAAGGGACAGUCAGCGCUGAAGAAGUAA